AAGAGGAGAGAGAAAGCUUUCAUGUGACCAGAAACUACUCCUUGCCGCUGCUGUAGCAGUACUCUAUUAAAACCAUCUCCCCACGCUCGCCUGCUCCUCGACUCUCCUUCACUUCCAAAGCCACCUCCACCUCCUCCAAGAAACCCCCACCGCCAUGGCAGCAACCACGGGAGGAGCUUGCGGCGGUGCCUUGACCCUCAGGCCAUGACGCAUCGGCGUCCUUGGCCUCAUACUCGUGGGUUAGCUAGUGACGGCAGAGGCAAGCAUGGCGACGGUGGCGAUCAGGGAGAAGCUGUCCCCGGGUGCGGGGGCAGCGCCGCAGGUGGACACGGGCAAGUACGUGCGGUACACGCCGGAGCAGGUGGAGGCGCUGGAGCGCGUGUACAGCGAGUGCCCCAAGCCCAGCUCGCUGCGCAGGCAGCAGAUCAUCAGGGAGUGCCCCAUCCUCAGCAACAUCGAGACCAAACAGAUCAAGGUCUGGUUCCAAAACCGCAGAUGCCGGGAGAAGCAGCGCAAGGAGUCCUCUCGCCUGCAAACUGUGAACCGGAAGCUGAGUGCGAUGAAUAAGCUGUUGAUGGAGGAAAAUGACCGGCUGCAGAAGCAGGUGUCCCGUCUCGUCUACGACAACGGGUACAUGCGGAACCAACUCCACAAUCCUUCUGUAGCCACCACAGACACGAGCUGUGAGUCUGUGGUGACAAGUGGUCAGCACCACCAACAGCAAAACCCAGCAGUUCCGCAUCCCCCACAAAGGGAUGCGAACAACCCAGCAGGUCUACUCGCCAUUGCUGAGGAGACCUUGGCAGAGUUCAUGUCCAAGGCGACUGGAACUGCUGUCAACUGGGUGCAAAUGGUUGGGAUGAAGCCUGGUCCGGAUUCCAUUGGAAUCAUCACUGUUUCGCACAACUGUAGUGGCGUAGCAGCAAGAGCUUGUGGCCUUGUGAGCCUUGAGCCCACAAAGGUUGCCGAGAUCCUUAAGGAUCGCGCAUCGUGGUAUCGCGAUUGCCGGCGUGUUGAUAUCCUCCAUGUUAUCCCCACGGGUAAUGGUGGAACAAUUGAGCUGAUCUACAUGCAGACUUACUCACUGACAACUCUGGCAGCACCGCGCGACUUUUGGACGCUCCGUUACACCAGUGGCCUUGACGAUGGCAGUCUUGUGAUCUGUGAAAGGUCAUUGACUCAGUCCACUGGAGGUCCUUCUGGACCUAACACUCCGAAUUUUAUCAGAGCUUUGGUCCUUCCUAGUGGCUAUCUGAUUCGACCAUGUGAGGGAGGUGGCUCCAUGAUUUACAUUGUGGACCAUGUUGAUCUGGAUGCUUGGAGUGUGCCUGAGGUCCUUAAACCACUCUAUGAAUCUCCAAAGAUCCUUGCACAGAAGAUGACUGUUGCGGCGAUGCGACACAUUAGGCAAAUUGCGCAUGAGUCAAGUGGUGAAAUCCCCUAUGGUGGGCGCCAGCCAGCUGUUCUCAGAACCUUCAGUCAAAGGCUCAGCAGAGGCUUCAAUGAUGCUGUGAGUGGCUUUCCAGAUGAUGGUUGGUCUUUGUUGAGCAGUGAUGGCGCUGAGGAUAUUACAAUUGCAGUAAACUUAUCUCCAAACAAACUUGUUGGAUCCUAUGUCAGCCCCUCCCCAUUCUUUUCUGCUGUCGGGGGUGGCAUCAUGUGCGCAAAAGCAUCAAUGCUACUGCAGAAUGUGCCACCUGCUCUACUUGUGCGAUUUUUGAGGGAGCAUCGCUCUGAAUGGGCUGAUCCUGGUGUUGAUGCUUAUUCUGCCGCCUCUUUGAGGGCCAGCCCAUAUGCUGUUCCGGGUUUGAGGGCUGGUGGGUUUAUGGGCAGCCAGGUUAUACUACCCCUUGCACAUACCUUAGAGCAUGAAGAGUUCUUGGAGGUCAUUAGGCUUGAAGGACAUGGCUUCAGCCAUGAUGAGGUGCUUCUAUCUCAGGAUAUGUUCCUCCUGCAGCUUUGCAGUGGGGUUGAUGAGAAUGCUCCAGGUGCAUGUGCACAGCUUGUCUUUGCACCUAUUGAUGAAUCUUUUGCUGACGAUGCACCACUGCUACCUUCAGGCUUCCGUGUGAUACCACUGGAUGGGAAGACGGAUGUGCCAUCUGCCACACGCACACUUGAUCUUGCAUCUGCCCUUGAGGUUGGAUCAGGUGGAGCUUUGCGUGCAUCAAGUGACGCGUCCAGCGCGUGCAACAUGAGAUCGGUCCUGACAAUUGCCUUCCAGUUCUCCUUUGAGAACCACCUUCGUGAGAGUGUGGCAGCAAUGGCGAGGCAGUAUGUCAGAGCUGUGAUGGCAUCUGUGCAGAGGGUUGCCAUGGCGAUAGCUCCUUCCUGCAUUGGCUCACAGAUAGAAAUGAAGCAUCCACCGGGCUCUCCUGAGGCACUUACACUUGCUAAGUGGAUUGGCAGGAGCUACAGGGUUCACACAGGAGCUGAGAUCCGCUGGUCGGACACUGAAGAUGUGGAUUCUCCCCUGACGCUCCUCUGGAAGCACAGCGAUGCGAUACUCUGCUGUUCUCUGAAGGCUGCUCCUAUGCUCAUGUUCGCCAACAGCGCCGGGCUCGACAUCCUGGAGACCACGCUGAUCAACAUCCAGGACAUGCUGCUUGAGGCGGUCCUCAGUGACGAGGGCCGGGAGGCUCUGUUCUUGGAGCUCCCCAAGAUCAUGCACCAGCAGGGUUUCGCGUACCUCCCUGGCGGCAUGUGCAAGUCGGGCAUGGGGCGGCAGGCGUCGUAUGAGCAGGCGGUGGCCUGGAAGGUGCUGGGCGACGAUGGCGCGCCGCACUGCCUGGCCCUCAUGCUGGUCAACUGGACCUUCAUCUGAUGCUUCAGCCUCACUCACCACCAGCACCAGUUCGCUGCUCUGCUGCUACAGGCUUGUGGCUGAAGCCCUCCUUGCCGUCCUACGAGAUGGUACUUAUCCUGCUUGUUUGCACAUGUGUGCCGUCAUGAUCAAGACCUCAGACAAUGUUAUCCCUGCUUUGUUUAAGUUUGUGUGACGUGGAACAGGACUUCGCUGUGUUUGUGUGCGUUUGAUUGCCUGUGUGCAUGUGAUCUAUGUAUGACCAUGCAUGGUUUGUGUGCUGUACUACCAACCUGGGACAUAAAGAACUGCUUGAUACAUGUUUAAGUUACAGUUGAA